GAUCAAACUGGAGACACAACAUGAAAAACAGAGAGUGGAGGAAAUUACUGCUCAAAUCCAGAAAGACAGAGAAGACCUAGAGAAGAUGAACGAGAACAUCACAAGAGAAAUGCAUGAAAUUCAACAUCAAGAAGAACAAAUGAAGCAAAAACAAGAUGAACUCGAGCAACUAAAAACUGAAAUUCAGAAUCUAAAACAAGAACAAGAAAAAGAAAGAGAGAUUAUCAUAAAGGACAGAAGUCAGCUUGAUCUGAGACGAUCUGACCUAGAAAAACAACAGACAAAAGUAAAUGCUUUAUUGGAAACAAUCAACAACGAGAGAAGACAACUAGAUAAAGAUAAAGAAGAGCUAGAAGAACAGAAACAGGAAAGGGUAAAGGAAAGAGAUGAUGUUGACCAAAGCAGAAAGAGUCUGGAUGAAGACCUGAAGAUGAUGAAGCUGCAGAAACAAGUGCUUGAAGAAGAGAAGAACAAGUUAGAAGAGCUGAAGACUGAACUGGAAAGAGAAGCUGAUGAUAUCAGAAAGAUAAACGAAGAGACACAAUAUGAAAGACAGAGGUUGGAAAAGAUGGCUGAGGCACUUAUGAAAGAGAGAGAAGAUCUUGCUGAAGAUACCAAGAGAAAGAAUCAAGUCCUGGAUGAAAUGAAAGUUGCAAAUGAGUUUACACUGGCAGAUCUGCAAAAGCAAAAGAGAAAUCUUGAGCAAAUGAGAGAGAAUAUCUCUAGACAAACAGAAGAUUUUGAAAAAGAGAAAGAGAAAUCAAAACUCAGAGAAGACGAGCUUAAGAAACUUCAAACGGAGCUUCAGAAACAACAAAGUGAGAUUGACAUGGAAAAGACCAACAUUGAAAGUGAGAGAGCUGCAAUGAUCAGGGAAAAACAGAACAUGAUGACAGAGUUGAAAAAGAAGACUGAAGAUGUUGAGAUCCAAAUGAAGGAAGUAUUGACUGAAAAGGAAUUACUUGAAAAUGACAGAAAUCUGCUGAAGAAAGAUGUGGAAGAUCUGCAACAAAAACUAAUUACUAUAGACAGAGAUUCAGAGAGUCUAAAACUUGACAGAGAAGCAUUUGAGAAUGAAAAGGAAGCAAUGAAACAGAUGAAAACUGAGCUAGAAAGAGAAGCAGAUGAGAUUGAGAAGAUCAAACUUGAGACACAACUUGAAAGACAGAGAGUUGAGGAAAUGACUGCUCAAAUCCAGAAAGAAAGAGAAGAAAUCAACAAUCUCUUUGAGGAGACGAACAGAAAAGACAUGGUCUUGAAUGAAAUGAACACAGAUAUCAAAGAGAAAAUCAAAGCUAUUCAAUCUGAUAGAGACAUGCUAGAGGAGGAAAAACAUGAUCUGGAGAAAACCAGAAGUGAACUUUCUAAAGUUAAGGAGGAUCUCGAAAAACAAAGAGAAAUCACACUGACAGAGAUACAGAAAGAGAGAAAAGAUCUAGAGAAGAUGAAUGAGAACAUCACAAGAGAAAUGCAUGAUAUCAAACAUCAAGAAGAACAAAUGAAACAAAAACAAGAUGAACUUGAGCAACUGAAAACUGAAAUUCAGAUACUAAAACAAGAACAAGAAAAAGAAAGAGAGAUUAUCAUAAAGGACAGAAGUCAGCUUGAUCUAAGACAAUCUGAGCUAGACAAACAACAGACAAACGUAAAUGACAUUAUGGAAACAAUGAUGAAUGAGAGAAGACAACUAGAUAAAGAUAAAGAAGAGCUGGAAGAACAAAAACAGGAAAUGGAUAAAGAAAGAGAUGAUGUUGACCAAAGCAGAAAGAGUCUGGAUGAAAACCUGAAGAUGAUGAAGCUGCAGAAACAAGUGCUUGAAGAAGAGAAAAACAAGUUAGAAGAGCUGAAGACUGAACUGGAAAGAGAAGCUGAUGAUAUCAGAAAGAUAAAAGAAGAGACACAAUAUGAAAGACAGAGGUUGGAAAAGAUGGCUGAAGCAUUUAUAAAAGAGAGAGAAGAUCUUGCUGCAGAUACAAAGAGAAAGAAUCAAGUCCUGGAUGAAAUGAAAGUUGCAAACGAGUUUACACUGGCAGAUCUGCAAAAGGAAAAGAGCAAUCUUGAGCAAAUGAGAGAGAAUAUCUCUAGACAAACAGAGGAUAUUGAAAAGAAGAAAGAGAAAAUGAGACUCAGAGAAGACGAACUUAAGAAACUUCAAGCUGAGAUACAUAAACAACAAAAUGAAAUAGAAAAGGAAAAGAGCAACAUUGAAAGUGAGAGAGCUGCAGUAAUCAAGGAUGUUGAAGAUCUGCAACAUAAAAUAAUCAGUUUAGACAGAGAUUCAGAGAGUCUAAAACUUGACAGAGAAGUAUUUGAGAAUGAGAAGGAAGUUAUGAAACAAAUGAAAACUGAGCUAAAAAGAGAAGCAGAUGAGAUUGAGAAGAUCAAACUAGAGACACAACAUGAAAGACAGAGAGUCGAGGACAUGACAGCUGAUUUUAUGGAAACAAUGAACAAUGAGAGAAAACAACUAGAUAAAGAUAAAGAAGAGCUGGAAGAACAAAAAGAGCAAAUGAAGAAAGAAAGAGAUGAUGUUGACCAAAGCAGAAAGAGUCUGGAUGAAGACCUGAAGAUGAUGAAGCUGCAGAAACAAGUGCUUGAAGAAGAGAAGAACAAGUUAGAAGAGAUAAAGACUGUGCUGAAAAGAGAAGCUAAUGAUAUCAGAAAGAUAAAAGAAGAGACACAAUAUGAAAGACAGAGGUUGGAAAAGAUGGCUGAAGCACUUAUAAAAGAGAGAGAAGAUCUUGCUGAAGAUACAAAGAGAAAGAAUCAAGUCCUGGAUGAAAUGAAAGUUGCAAACGAGUCUAAACUGGCAAAUCUGCAAAAGGAAAAGAGAAAUCUUGAGCAAAUGAGAGAGAAUAUCUCUAGACAAACAGAAGAUUUUGAAAAAGAGAAAGAGAAAUCAAAACUCAGAGAAGACGAGCUUAAGAAACUUCAAACGGAGCUUCAGAAACAACAAAGUGAGAUUGACAUGGAAAAGACCAACAUUGAAAGUGAGAGAGCUGCAAUGAUCAGGGAAAAACAGAACAUGAUGACAGAGUUGAAAAAGAAGACUGAAGAUGUUGAGAUCCAAAUGAAGGAAGUAUUGACUGAAAAGGAAUUACUUGAAAAUGACAGAAAUCUGCUGAAGAAAGAUGUGGAAGAUCUACAACAAAAACUAAUUACUAUAGACAGAGAUUCAGAGAGUCUAAAACUUGACAGAGAAGCAUUUGAGAAUGAAAAGGAAGCAAUGAAACAGAUGAAAACUGACUUGCAAAAAGAAGCAGAUGAGAUUGAGAAGAUCAAACUUGAGACACAACUUGAAAGACAGAGAGUUGAGGAAAUGACUGCUCAAAUCCAGAAAGACAGAGAAGAAAUCAACAAUCUCAUUGAGGAGACGAACAGAAAAGACAUGGUCUUGAAUGAAAUGAACACAGAUAUUGAAGAGAAAAUCAAAGCUAUUCAAUCUGAUAGAGACAUGCUAGAGGAGGAAAAACAUGAUCUGGAGAAAACCAGAAGUGAACUUUCUAAAGUUAAGGAGGAUCUCGAAAAACAAAGAGAAAUCACACUGACAAAGAUACAGAAAGAGAGAAAAGAUCUAGAGAAGAUGAAUGAGAACAUCACAAGAGAAAUGCAUGAUAUCAAACAUCAAGAAGAACAACUGAAACAAAAACAAGAUGAACUUGAGCAACUGAAAACUGAAAUUCAGAUACUAAAACAAGAACAAGAAAAAGAAAGAGAGAUUAUCAUAAAGGACAGAAGUCAGCUUGAUCUGAGACAAUCUGAGCUAGACAAACAACAGACAAACGUAAAUGACAUUAUGGAAACAAUGAUGAAUGAGAGAAGACAACUAGAUAAAGAUAAAGAAGAGCUGGAAGAACAAAAACAAGAAAUGGAGAAAGAAAGAGAUGAUGUUGACCAAAGCAGAAAGAGUCUGGAUGAAAACCUGAAGAUGAUGAAGCUGCAGAAACAAGUGCUUGAAGAAGAGAAAAACAAGUUAGAAGAGCUGAAGACUGAACUGGAAAGAGAAGCUGAUGAUAUCAGAAAGAUAAAAGAAGAGACACAAUAUGAAAGACAGAGGUUGGAAAAGAUGGCUGAAGCAUUUAUAAAAGAGAGAGAAGAUCUUGCUGCAGAUACAAAGAGAAAGAAUCAAGUCCUGGAUGAAAUGAAAGUUGCAAACGAGUUUACACUGGCAGAUCUGCAAAAGGAAAAGAGCAAUCUUGAGCAAAUGAGAGAGAAUAUCUCUAGACAAACAGAAGAUUUUGAAAACAAGAAAGAGAAAAUGAGACUCAGAGAAGACGAACUCAAGAAACUUCAAGCUGAGAUACAUAAACAACAAAGUGAAAUAGAAAGGAAAAGAGCAACAUUGAAAGUGAGAGAGCUGCAAGAAGCAGAUGAGAUUGAGAAGAUCAAACUAAAGACACAACAUGAAAGACAGAGAGUCGAGGACAUGACAGCUGAUUUUAUGGAAACAAUGAACAAUGAGAGAAAACAACUAGAUAAAGAUAAAGAAGAGCUGGAAGAACAAAAAGAGCAAAUGAAGAAAGAAAGAGAUGAUGUUGACCAAAGCAGAAAGAGUCUGGAUGAAGACCUGAAGAUGAUGAAGCUGCAGAAACAAGUGCUUGAAGAAGAGAAGAACAAGUUAGAAGAGAUAAAGACUGUGCUGGAAAGAGAAGCUAAUGAUAUCAGAAAGAUAAACGAAGAGACACAAUAUGAAAGACAGAGGUUGGAAAAGAUGGCUGAAGCACUUAUAAAAGAGAGAGAAGAUCUUGCUGAAGAUACAAAGAGAAAGAAUCAAGUCCUGGAUGAAAUGAAAGUUGCAAACGAGUCUAAACUGGCAAAUCUGCAAAAGGAAAAGAGCAACCUUGAGCAAAUGAGAGAGAAUAUCUCUAGACAAACAGAAGAUUUUGAAAAAGAGAAAGAGAAAUCAAAACUCAGAGAAGACGAGCUUAAGAAACUUCAAACGGAGCUUCAGAAACAACAAAGUGAGAUUGACAUGGAAAAGACCAACAUUGAAAGUGAAAGAGCUGCAAUGAUCAGGGAAAAGCAGAACAUGAUGACAGAGUUGAAAAAGAAGACUGAAGAUGUUGAGAUCCAAAUGAAGGAAGUAUUGACUGAAAAGGAAUUACUUGAAAAUGACAGAAAUCUGCUGAAGAAAGAUGUGGAAGAUCUACAACAAAAACUAAUUACUAUAGACAGAGAUUCAGAGAGUCUAAAACUUGACAGAGAAGUAUUUGAGAAUGAGAAAUAUGUGAUGAAACAGAUGAAAACUGAGCUAGAAAGAGAAGCAGAUGAGAUUGAGAAGAUCAAACUAGAGACACAACAUGAAAGACAGAGAGUGGAGGAAAUGACUGCUCAAAUCCAGAAAGACAGAGAAGAAAUUAACAAUCUUAUUGAGGAGACGAACAGAAAAGACAUGGUCUUGAAUGAAAUGAACACAGAUAUUGAAGAGAAAAUAAAAGCUAUUCAAUCUGAUAGAGACAUGCUAGAGGAGGAAAAACAUGAUCUUCAGAAAACCAGAAGUGAACUUGCUGGAGCCAAAGAAGAUUUUGAAACACAAAGAGAAAUCAAACUGACAGAGAUACAGAAAGAGAGAGAACAUCUAGAGAAGAUGAACGAGAACAUCACAAGAGAAAUGAAUGAUAUCAAACAUCAAGAAGAACAAAUGAAACAAAAACAAGAUGAACUUGAGCAACUGAAAACUAAAAUUCAGAAUCUAAAACAAGAACAAGAAAAAGAAAGAGAGAUUAUCAUAAAGGACAGAAGUCAGCUUGAUCUGAGACAAUCUGAGCUACACAAACAGCAGACAAAAGUAAAUGAUUUAAUGGAAACAAUGAACAACGAGAGAAGACAACUAGAUAAAGAUAAAGAAGAGCUGGAAGAACAAAAAGAGCAAAUGGAGAAAGAAAGAGAGAACAUGGACCAAAGCAGAAAGAAUCUGGAUGAAGACCUGAGGAUGAUGAAGCUGCAGAAACAAGUGCUCGAAGAAGAGAAGAACAAGUUAGAAGAGCUGAAGAUUGAGCUGGAAAAAGAAGCUGAUGAUAUCAGAAAGAUAAAAGAAGAGACACAAAAUGAAAGACAUAGUUUGGAAAAGAUGGCUGAAGAACUUAAAGAAGAGAGAGAAGAUCUUGUUCAUCUUGCUGAAGAUACAAAAAGAGAGCAGGAGAUUCUGGAUGAAAUAAAAGUUGAAAAUGAGUCUUCAAUGGCAGAUCUGCAAAGAGAAAAGAGCAAUCUAGAGCAAAUGAGAGAGAAUAUCUCUAGACAAACAGAAGAUUUUGAAAACAAGAAAGAGAAAAUGAGACUCAGAGAAGACGAACUCAAGAAACUUCAAGCUGAGAUACAUAAACAACAAAGUGAAAUAGAAAAGGAAAAGAGCAACAUUGAAAGUGAGAGAGCUGCAGUAAUCAAGGAUGUUGAAGAUCUGCAACAUAAAAUAAUCAGUUUAGACAGAGAUUCAGAGAGUCUAAAACUUGACAGAGAAGUAUUUGAGAAUGAGAAAGAUGUGAUGAAACAGAUGAAAACUGAGCUAGAAAGAGAAGCAGAUGAGAUUGAGAAGAUCAAACUAGAGACACAACAUGAAAGACAGAGAGUGGAGGAAAUGACUGCUCAAAUCCAGAAAGAAAGAGAAGAAAUCAACAAUCUCAUUGAGGAGACGAACAGAAAAGACAUGGUCUUGAAUGAAAUGAACACAGAUAUUGAAGAGAAAAUCAAAGCUAUUCAAUCUGAUAGAGACAUACUUGAGAAGGAAAAACAUGAUCUGGAGAAAACCAGAAGUGAACUUUCUAAAGUUAAGGAGGAUCUCGAAAAACAAAGAGAAGUCACACUGACAGAGAUACAGAAAGAGAGAAAAGAUCUAGAGAAGAUGAAUGAGAACAUCACAAGAGAAAUGCAUGAUAUCAAACAUCAAGAAGAACAAAUGAAACAAAAACAAGAUGAACUUGAGCAACUGAAAACUGAAAUUCAGAAUCUAAAACAAGAACAAGAAAAAGAAAGAGAGAUUAUCAUAAAGGACAGAAGUCAGCUUGAUCUGAGACAAUCUGAGCUAGACAAACAACAGACAAACGUAAAUGACAUUAUGGAAACAAUGAACAACGAGAGAAGACAACUAGAUAAAGAUAAAGAAGAGCUGGAAGAACAAAAAGAGCAAAUGGAGAAAGAAAGAGAGGACAUGGACCAAAGCAGAAAAAAUCUGGAUGAAGACCUGAAGAUGAUGAAGCUGCAGAAACAAGUGCUCGAAGAAGAGAAGAACAAGUUAGAAGAGAUGAAGAUUGAGCUGGAAAGAGAAGCUGAUGAUAUCAGAAAGAUAAAAGAUGAGACUCAGAAUGAAAGACAGAGUUUGGAAAAGAUGGCUGAAGAACUUAAAGAAGAGAGAGAAGAUCUUGUUCAUUUUGCUGAAGAUACAAAAAGAGAGCAGGAGAUGCUGCAUGAAAUGAAAGUUGCAAACGAGUCUUCAAUGGCAGAUCUGCAAAAAGAAAAGAGCAAUCUAGAGCAAAUGAGAGAGAAUAUAUCUAGACAAACAGAAGAUUUUGAAAAAGAGAAAUACAAAAUGAGACUCAGAGAAAACGAACUUGAGCAAAUUCAAGCAGGGAUUCAUAAACAACAAAGUGAAAUAGAAAAGGAAAAGAGCAACAUUGAAAGUGAGAGAGCUGCAGUAAUCAAGGAUGUUGAAGAUCUGCAACAUAAAAUAAUCAGUAUAGACAGAGAUUCAGAGAGUCUAAAACUUGACAGAGAAGCGUUUGAGAAUGAGAAAGAUGUGAUAAAACAGAUGAAAACUGAGCUAGAAAGAGAAGCAGAUGAGAUUGAGAAGAUCAAACUAGAGACACAACAUGACAGACAUAGAGUGGAGGAAAUGACUGCUCAAAUCCAGAAAGACAGAGUAGAAAUCAACAAUCUCAUUGAGGAGACGAACAGAAAAGACAUGGUCUUGAAUGAAAUGAACACAGAUAUUGAAGAGAAAAUCAAAGCUAUUCAAUCUGAUAGAGACAUGCUUGAGAAGGAAAAACAUGAUCUGGAGAAAACUAGAAGUGAACUUUCUAAAGUUAAGGAGGAUCUCGAAAAACAAAGAGAAGUCACACUGACAAAGAUACAGAAAGAGAGAAAAGACCUAGAGAAGAUGAAUGAGAACAUCACAAGAGAAAUGCAUGAUAUCAAACAUCAAGAAGAACAAUUGAAACAAAAACAAAAUGAACUUGAGCAACUGAAAACUAAAAUUCAGAAUCUAAAACAAGAACAAGAAAAAGAAAGAGAGAUUAUCAUAAAGGACAGAAGUCAGCUUGAUCUGAGACAAUCUGAGCUAGACAAACAACAGACAAACGUAAAUGACAUUAUGAAAACAAUAAUGAAUGAGAGAAGACAACUAGAUAAAGAUAAAGAAGAGCUGGAAGAACAGAAACAGGAAAUGGAGAAAGAAAGAGAUGAUGUUGACCAAAGCAGAAAGAGUCUGAAUGAAGACCUGAAGAUGAUGAAGUUGCAGAAACAAGAAGAGAUGAACAAGUUAGAACAGAUGAACAUUGAGCUGGAAAGAGAAGCUCAUGAUAUCAGAAUGAUAAAAGAAGAGACACAAUAUGUAAGACAGAGUUUGGAGAAGAUGAGUGAAGAACUUAAAAAAGAGAGAGAAGAUCUUGUUCAUCUUGCUGAAGAUACAAAGACAGAGAAAGAGAUGCUGAAAGAAAUAAUAUUUGCAAACGAGUCUACGCUGGCAGAUCUGCAAAGAGAAAAGAGCAAACUUGAGGAAAUGAGAGAGAAAAUCUCUAAGCAAAAAGAAGAUAUUGAAAAUGAAAAAGAGAAAGCAAAACUCAGAGAAGACGAGCUUAAGAAACUUCAAACGGAUCUUCAGAAACAACAAAGUGAGAUUGACAUGGAAAAGACCAACAUUGGAAGUGAGAGAGCUGCAAUGAUCAGGGAAAAACAGAACGUGAUGACAGAGUUGAAAAAGCAGACUGAAGAUGUUGAGAUCCAAAUGAAGGAAGUAUUGACUGAAAAGGAAUUACUUGAAAAUGACAGAAAUCUGCUGAAAAAAGAUGUGGAAGAUCUACAACAAAAACUAAUUACUUUAGACAGAGAUUCAGAGAGUCUAAAACUUGACAGAGAAGCAUUUAAGAAUGAGAAGGAAGCAAUGAAACAGAUGAAAACUGACCUGCAAAAAGAAGCUGAUGAGAUUGAGAAGAUCAAACUUGAGACACAACUUGAAAGACAGAGAGUGGAGGAAAUGACUGCUCAAAUCCAGAAAGAAAGAGAAGAAAUCAACAAUCUUGUUGAGGAAAUUAAAAAGAAAAGGGAUAUUCUGGAUGAAAGCUACACUGAAAUGCAAAGAGAACAAGAAGCAAUGGAAAGUAACAGGUCUGACUUGGAGAAAGCCAAAGCUGAGAUUUUUGAACAAAAUAAAAUCAUUGAAAUUACACUUGUUGAGAUACAACAAAAGAGAAACGCCCUUGAGCAAAUGAGUAAGGAGAUAUCAGGAGACAGAAUGAAACUUGAAGAUGACAAGAAAGAGAUACAAUUAGCAAAGGAAGAACUUGAAAGAAUGCAGAGAGACAUGCAAAGACAACAAGAAGACAAGGAUCACCUGAGGUAUGGCAUCCCAGAAAAGAGUCUGCUUCAGAAGUCAGAGGCUGAAAUUGUUCUUCAACCAAGUGAGGUGGAUAAAGCCAAGCCUGCAAGAGAACCAGAAAUAUCAGAUCCAGAUAAACAACCUCUCUUUAUGGAGCAGAUGCUGAAAAUUGACUUAAAAGAUGCACUGAAAACAGAUUUUGAGAGCAAAAAGUUAGACUUACCUAAAGUCAAAGAUGUUUUUCCUCAAGAACUGCAGAUGAAGUUAGAGCAGAAACUAAUUGAAGAUGAAAUGGACAAGCUUAAACAAAUGCGAGCUGAACUACAAAAAGAAGCUGAUCACAUUGAAAAGAAAAGACAGGACAUGCAGAAUGAAAGACUGAAGCUGGACGACAUUGCAGCUCAACUUCAGGAAGAGAGAAGUACUGAACGUCUUACUGAGGAGAUAAAUAUUCAGAAAGUAAAUCAACAAAAGCAAGCAACUGCAUUUGAAAUGGAAAAGACUGAUUUCGAAAGAAUCAAAACAGAAAUUGAUAAAGCCAACAAAGAUCUUGCAGAUCAGCAGGAAAAGAAUAAAAUGACAAUAGCAGAGAUGCAAAGAGAGAGGGAGACUCUUGAAGAAAUGAGAGCAAAUAUAUCAAAGCAAGCUGAGAACAUCACAAACGAAAACAAAAUCCUUUCUAGCAGAGAAAGUGAACUUGUAAAGCUGCAGGAAGACAUUUUACAACAACAACAUGAAAUGGAUGAACUGAAAAAUACCAUCAUGAUGGAAAUGUGUCAGCUGGACCAGAGACAAUCUGACAUUGAUCUAUUACAAAAAGAGGUUGAUGAUCUAAUGGAAUUCACAAAGACAGAAAUGACAAACGUAGAAAGAGAAAGAUUGGAGGUUAUGGCACAGACAAGAAAUAUAAAGAGUGAUAUGGUUAGUUUAAAGAUGGAGAAGGAGGCCUGUGAACAACUCAGAUUAAAAUUGAUUGAGGAAAAAGAUCUGAUUGAAAAAGAAAGAGAGCUGCUGACCAAAAACCUGGAUCAGACAGAUAAAGACAAAAUGUAUAUGGAGAGAGAAUUGGAGAGUCUAAAAGUAGAGAAAGAAACCUUUGAAAAUGAGAAGAAGGAACUGGAGAAGAUGAAAAUUAGCCUUCAAAGAAAAGCUGAAGAUUUGGAGGAAUUCUCUGAAAAGACAAAGAAUGAAAGACAAAGGGUGGAAGAGAUGGUAGCACAAUUUACAAGACAAUUAGACAUUAGUGGACAUCCUACUGAAGGCAAAUUUAUAGAAGAGCUUUUGGAUGAGACAGAAAAGCAAAGAAGAGAAAUUCAUUAUACCAAAGACUUGCUUCAAGAAGAAAGAUCUAAUCUGCAGAAAGCCAAAGAAGAGAUCACCUACGAUAGGGAACAACUAUACAGACAAAGAACUGAGUUAAAUAAAGAGAAAGAAACUCUUGAACAGAUGCAUACAAGUAACUUGAAGGAAAUAGAGCAUAUUGAAAAGGAAAAGGAUAAAAUGCAGCACACAUUGAACGAACUAGGUCAAAUAAGAGCAGAACUUCAAAAUAAACAAAGAGAAAUGGAUGACACGAGAAAUAUCAUGAUAAAAGAAAAGGCUGAGUUGGCUAGAGACUUAGAAAACCUCCAAACUCAGACACAAGUUUUUGAAAAUGAGAAAGAUGAGCUACAAAAGAGCAGAGAGAAUAUUCAAAAGUUAAUGAUAGAAGUUCAGGAAGAAAGACUGAGGGCAUCAGAAGACUUAGACAAAAAGAGGCAACAAUUUGCUGAGGAGAUCAAAAUGAAAAACGACAGCCUUGAUGAAAUACAAGCUGAGAUAGAAAGACAAAAGCAAGCUCUUAUUAUGGACAAAGAGGUGAUUACCGAACAAGUUAUGGAUCUGCAGAAAACCCAGGAAGAUUUCAGAAGACAAUCUGAUGAGAGUGACAUUGCAAGAGCAGACCUGCAGAGAGAAAGAGACAGUCUUGAUCAGAUAAGUAUGGAGAUCUUAAGGCAAAAACAAGAGCUAGAGAGAGAAAGGGAUGAAAUGUUGGAGCAGUGGCAGCUGGUGGAGACACUAAAGAUGGACAAGGAAAAUGUGGAACAACUAAAGGCAGAGCUAUUGGAUGAGAAGGAAUCAACUGAGAAAAUCAGAAAGGAGCUGAAACAAGACAAAUCUUAUAUGGAAGAAAAUAAAUCAACACUUCAUAAAGAAUUAGAGGAAAUAAGUCCCCAAAAACAGGACAUUCAAGAUGAAAGAGCUCAACUAGAGCGAAUGAAAGGUGAGCUCCAAAUGAAAGCAGAGGAUAUAGAAAAGAAAAUGCAAGAAAUACUUUAUGAAAAACAGAAAGCUGAAGAGAGAAAGUCUGAAAAUGACAAGAUACAAACAAAUCUAGAUAAAGCAAAUGCAGAGAUACAAAAACUAAAUAAAGAUCUGCAAAGUUAUGCUGAGAACUUACAAAAAUGUAAGCUUGAAUUAGAUGAAGCAAGAGCCGAAAUAGAGCAAGUAAAGCAAGAUGCUGAAAAACUAGAAACAAAACAGAUAGAGCAAAGUUUGCAAAAAGAAAGAGACAAUAUUGAGGAUAUCAGAAGGAACCUGUUUAAAAAGGAAGAGGCCGUUGAAAAGGACAAGGCAGUAAUAAGGUUGAGGUACCAAGAACUAGAUCUCAUCCAAGCUGAAGUUGUCAAGCAAAAAGAAGAGAUGGUUAAACAGAAGAAUGAAUUAGAGCGAGAAAUCCAAGAAGAGAAAAGGAAACUACAGAGGUCAGAGAAGGAAUUAGAAGACAAGAUGCAGACGAUUAAACGUGAAAUGAGGGAACUAAAGCUACUUCAGGAUGAAACUGAUGGCAAAAGAAAAGAUCUUGACAACAAGAUGAGACAAGUAUCAAGAAAAAGAGAUGAGCUGGAGAAAAUGAAGUCUGAUAUUGAAAGUGCAUGUGAAAAACUUGAAGUGGACCAGGUCAUGUUAAAUACAGAGCGUGAUGAGUUGGAGCGGAUGAAAACUGAGAUACAAAGAGCAAGAGAUGAUAUGCAAUCUCAUGUUGAAGAAAGAGCAGGAGAUCUAGGAGAGAAAGAACCAGUGAACACCAGGAUUCAGAGGCUUAUUCAAGAGGCUGAAAAGGCUAGCAAAAUGGCUAGGAGAACAAAACAUGAACCAGAAAUUAGAAUGCAGAAAGAUGUUAGUGUUGAAGAGGAUUCAGUGGAAAGACAAGAUAUGAGUGCUAACAUGCAGAGACUGAUUCUGGAAAUUGAGCAUGCCAGAGAAACUCUCAGAGGGAUGAAGGAUGAAGUCCAGGCAGCUAGAAAAGAAAGGUCUGAAGUGGAGAACAUGAAGCUGGAAUUCUUAACCAUGAAACAGAACAUGGAAAAAACUUAUGAGCAGCAGAAUGAUGAGAUACAAAAAGAGAAACAGCAAAUAGAGAGUAGAAAAAUGUCUCUAAGCAGAGAGAGAAAUUAUCUUGAGCAGAACAGGGCUGAUUUGGAGAGACAAAAACAAAUAAUGGCAUUGGACAAACAAAAACUCCUUGCUGAAAAUGAAUUACUGGAGAAAGAAAAGGUUGACAUGAUGCAAAGAAUUGAGAAUCUUGAAAGCCUUCAAGAAGAAUCAACUAGAGAAAGAGCAACAGAAACAACUCAAGGAACAAGGAGAGAUUCUGAGGAAUUAAUGCAGAAAAUGGAAGCACUGAGCAUGGAAGACUUCCAAGAAGAAAGUAAGAGUCAGAUGGUCGAACUAAAGAGACAGAUAGACAAAUUGAUAGAGUUGAAGGCUGACCUGCAACAACAGCAGGCAGAACUUGAGAAAACGAAAGCAGAUUUAAAACAACAGAUCGAUGAUCUGGAAAAAUUAAGGUCUGAAAUAUUAAAACAUGAAAAGGACACAGACAGUAAAACAAGAGAGUUGGAGCUGAUGGAAAUCCAAAGACAGAAAGAAGAUCUAGAAAAAAGGAUUCAGAAAUUUACCCUUGAGAAGAGAGAUCUGGAGGUUCUAAGGUCUGAAAUUGUCCUAGAAAAGAAAGACCUGGAUCAGAAGAUGAGGCAAGUGAUAAGAAAGAGGGAUGAGAUGGAGAAAAUCAGAUCUGAUAUAUCAAAUGCCAGAGAGGAGAUCAGAAGAGAAAGGCAGGAACUGGAAAUACUCAGGAACAAUGUUCAAAGUGCAAGACAUGAUUUUCAACUUCUGCUGGAAAGAACUGCAAAUCUAGAAGAUGAGGAAAGUGCCACAACUGACAUUGAAAGAUUGAUUUUAGAGGUUGUGAAAAUCAGGGAAAUGGUGAAACAUCUAAAAGCUGACAUGGAGAGAAGGCUGGCGGAAAGUAAGGAGGAGAUAGAUGAAAAGGGAACCUUUAAGUCUGAGAUCCAGAGGCUCAUUCAAGAUAUUGGACAAAUAAGGGAAAAUCUAGGAGCCCUUGGAGAGGAGAUAGAAAACACCAGGAGAGACAAGAGAGAAUUGGACAAGAUGAGGGCAGAGCUUGUAGAGAAACAACAGAAGAAGGAGAGCAUGAGGGAAAUGCUGCAGAAAGAAAGAGAAGAACUGGAGAAGCUGAAGGAUGAGAUCAACCAAGAAAAGAAGGAUGUUGAAAUCAUGAGAGGGAUAGUUGAGGCAGUAAUAGAUGAAGAAGAAGUGAAAGAGUUUAAAGACAUACAGAAAUACAAGGAAGAACUACAAAGGGUCACUGAGGAACUCCUGACAAAGAAGAGGGAUCUGGACCAGCUCAACUCAGAUGUACAGAACCUGUGGCAAGUCAUGGAAGAAAUUAAUAUACAGCAUGAAAAUAAAAGGACUGAACUGGAAAGCAUUGGUUUUGAGUUAAAGAAGGGAGAGCAGAUACUGGAAAAACAGAAAGAUGAAUUGAAGGAGAAUGGUUGGAUUGUGGAAGAAAUAAAGAAUAAGAAAGAUACACUUGAAAAGCUCAAUAUGGAAAUACUUAGGAAGAACGAAGAUAUGGAAAAAGAGAAGGAAAAGUUAAGGCAAGAGAAGCAAGAGAUGGAUCUCAAUAGAGGUGAACUACAAAGACAGAGAGAAGAUAUGGAAACAAGGAUUCAGAAACUCACACGUGAGAAGGACGAAAUGGAAGUUUUAAGGUCUGAGAUUGUCCUAGAAAAGAAAGACCUUGACCAUAAGAUGAAGCAAGUGAUAAGAAAGACAGACGAGAUGGAGAAAAUCAGACAUGAUAUAGCAAGUGCCAGGGAAGAGAUCAAUGGAGAAAGGCAGGAGCUGGAAAUACUCAGGAAUGAUGUUCAAAGUGCUAAACAAGAUUUUGAAUUUCUGGUUGAAAGAACUCCAAAUCUAGAGGUUGAGGAAAGUGCCACAACAGACAUUGAAAGACUGGUUUUGGAGGUUGUGAAAAUCAGGGAAAUGGUGAGAAAUCUAAAAUCUGAAAUGGAGAGAAGAAUUGGGGAAACUAACGUGGAGAAGGAUGAAAAGGAAACCUUUAAGUCUGAGAUCCAGAGGCUCAUUCAUGAUAUUGGACAAAUAAGGGAAAAUCUAGGAGGCCUUAGAAUUGAGAUAGAAAACACCAAGAGAGACAAGGCUGAAUUGGAGAAAAUGAGGACAGAGCUUGUAAAGAAACAACAAGAGGAGGAGAGCAUGAGAGAAAUGCUACAGAAAGAAAGAGAAGAACUAGAGCAGCUGAAGUAUGAGAUCAACCGAGAAAAGGAGGAUAUGGAAAUCAGAAGAGAAGUAGAUGAGGCAGAAAUAGAUGAAGAAGAAAUGAAAGGCUUUACAGAUGUACAGAAAUACAAGGAAGAACUACAAAUAGUCACUGAAGAACUCCUGACAAAGAAGAGGGAUCUGAACCAGCUCAACUCAGAUGUACAGAAUAUGAGGCAGACUAUAGAAGAAGUGAAUAUACAGCAUGAAAAGAAGAGGGCUGAACUUGAAAGUGUCACUUCUGAGUUAAAAAAGAAAGAGCAGAUCCUGGAAAAGCAGAAACAUAAGUUGGAGGAGAAUGGUUGGAUUGCUGAAGAAAUAGAGACGAUGAAAGCUACUCUUGAAAGUAUCAAUAUGGAAAUACUUCAGAAGAAAGAAGAUAUUGAAAAAGAAAAGGAGAAUUUAAGGAAAGAGAAACAAGAGACAGAGCUUUUCAGAGGUAAACUACAAAGACAGAGAGAUGAAGUUGAAUCUUCAAGAGAAGCAUUGAUAAUGGAGAAGGAUCAGUUUAAGCUAAGAAUCGAUCACCAAAAGCAUGAAAUGAGCGCUGCCUUUGAAAAAGAACAGAAACGUUUAGAAAACAUGGAAAAUGAUCUAGAAAAUCAAAGGGCUAAACUUGUUGAAAGCCUCAACGAUGCUGCAAAUAUGGAGCAGAAGCUACAACAGAUGGAGAGUGAACUAAACAAAGAAAAAGAACAAGUAGAAGAAAUUAAGCAGAUGGUCAGAACAGAGAGGGUUAUGAUUGAACAAGAAAAAGAAGAAAUGAGAAAACAGACUCAAGAGAUUGAGGACGACCAAGCUGAGCUUCAAAAGAAGACAGAGAUAACCAAUAAACUCAUUCAGGAUGCAAACAGUGAGAGAGACAGAUUAAAAAACCUCAGCCUGAAACUUCAAAUGCAAAGAAGAGAUAUUGAGGAAACCAUCACAGAAGUGGAAACCAAGAAGAGAAAUCUCCAUAUAAUGAGCAGAGAACUUCAAGAUGACAAGAUACGACUGAAAAAUGACAGGGAUGCUUAUGAAAAGCAAAUGGCAUAUUUGGAGGUUAAAAGCGAAGAGUUAGUCAGAGAAACAGAAGAUCUGGAAAGAAAAACCUUACAGCAGAGAGAACAAGAUGAGAUGGCCAAACAUGAGAUUGAAAAUCAGAAAGAAGUUCUAGAGCUAAUGAAGGUGGACAUUUUGAAGGAAAGGGAUGAUUUUGCAAAAGAGAUGGAAAAUGUAAAUUCAGAAAAACAGAAACUGCUUUCACUCCAAGGUGCAUUGCAAAGUCAAGAAAGUGAACUUGAAAGCAGAGUGCAAAUAUUCAUGGAAGAACAGAAACAUCUAAAACAGGCUAAAGCUGAAACUGAAGAGUGGAGAAAGCAAUUAAUGGAAAUUAGUGAAACAGUGAAGACAGAACAGAAUCAAUACAGGAAGCUGAUUGAAGAAGUGCAAAGGGAAAAAGAACAGCUUGAAAUCAGUAAAAAUCGAAUAGAACAAGAGAAGAAAGAUCUCCAAAACAUGAAAACCAAUCUAGAAAAGCAAUUAGAAAGUCUGAGACAUGAAAAAGCAAAUGCAGAAGAUGAGAAGAACACACUAGAAAAGAUUAGGUCAGAAUCCAAGCAGAUCCAAAAUGCUAUGAGGAAGGAGAGGGAAGAUCAAGAAAAAUGUCAGUUGGAGAUUGAGGGAGAAAAGCAAAGAAUGGAAGAAGAAAUCAGACGAUUAGAAAUGCAUAGGGAAGAGAUUAAGAAAGUGGACAGCGAGCUACAAAAAAGUAGAGAGGACAUUGAAAGUAGAAAAGAAAAGAUUAACAACAAAAUGGAAGAAUUGCUGCAAAUAAAGGUUGAAAUUGGAAGAACAAAAGAAGAAAUAGAAAAAGAAAGUCAAAGAAUUCAAGAUGCUAAAAUUGAUAUUGAAAAGGCUAAAGCUGAGAUACAGAGACAGGAAGACAAAUUUGAAGACAUAAUAGAUGCUAAAAUACAGGAGAAAGAAAGAGAAAUAAAAAUCCAAUUAGAUAAAGAAACUAAACGCUUGACUGAAGAGAUUGAGUCGAAAGUGAGAGACCUUGAUAUGGCAAUGGCAGAGGUGGAGCGUCAAAAGCAAGAAUUUGAGAAAACAAAGUGUAUGCUUGAUAAGGAAAAGAAAGAAAUUAAACAAGAAAAGGAAGACCUGGAAGACCAAAUCAUGGACCUUACUCAUGAAAAACAAGAAAUAGAGGUUGAGAGGAAUAACUUGAUGGUUUUAAGAACUCAAUUAGGAGAUUUAAGAAAAGAAAAUGAAAUUGUAAAGGAAAAACUAACUUUGGAAAAAUCAAGCAUUGAGGAAAUGCAGCUCAAGAUUUACAACCAGCAGCAACUGAAUGAUCAAACCAGAGAGGAAAACAAGAAAGAAAAAGAAAGUCUAGAAAAACAAAGGUUUGAAACUGAACAGAAGAAACAGAUGAUGGAGAUAAGCGCCUCAAAAAUGAUGGAGGAGAAGAAAGAGAUAGCUGAUUUAUCAAGGGAACUCCAAAAAUACAAAGAUGAACUGGAAAACUUAACAUACAAGACCAACACAGAAAGAAAUGAGGUUGAACAAAUGCAAGCUGAGUUACAUAGUCAAAUUCAGGCUAUUGAACAACAAAGACAAAUCAUGCAAGACAAACAGAAUCAUCUUGAAGAAAAGGAGCUAAGCAUACAGAGAAAGGAAGAGGAAAUAAAGAUUAGAAACACUGAGUUUCAAGUUGAACAGGAACAUUUGAACAAUGUUCUCGAGGAAACCAAUAAGAGACAACAUGAGCUUGAAGAGAUGCAGGCUGAUAUAGAAUUGCACAAACAAAAAAAUAACAAGGACUUUGAAUUGCUUGAGAGGAUCCGCAAUGAAUUGGAAAAUGAAAAAUAUGAUCUGCAGAUCUGGACUGAACAACAAAAACAUUUGGUUGAAGUCAAAUUUCAAGAGUUAGAAAAAGAGAGGGAAAGACUGGAAAACAUGGCAAAAGAGCUGCAGAGUGAAAGAGAACAAACUGAGAAAGAAAAAGCUGACAUGAACAGGGUAAAUGAUGAUAUACAGAGAGAAAAACAAGCUAUUGAUGAAAAGAGAAACAUGACUAACAAGGCAAUGGCAGAUCUGGAAAUCAUAAAAGCUGAGCUGAAGGAACAACAAGAAAAGAUUCAAACUGAAGCAGAAAAACUGCAAGAGGAAAAACUUCUGGUUAAGAAUGAGGCUGAAAAUCUGAAUAACGUUUUAGAAGAGAUCAGAAGGCAGCAAGAAAAACUGGAAGCAAGCGAGGCUGAUCUUAAAGUUUUGAAGGAGAAGUGUGAAAAUGCUAGGGAAGAAACUGAAAGGAAGAAGUGUGAUGUAGAAGAGCAGAAUGAAAAUAAUGAGAUCACAAAACACCUUCUGGAACAAGAGAGAAAAGACAUUGACAAGCAAAAACAAGAGUUACAGAAACAAGCUGAUGAUCUGGUCAUGCAAAUGAUUGCGCACAGGGAAAAUGUAGAGAUAAGUAAAAGAUCACUGGAUGAAGAAAAGACGCUUCUAGAGCAGAAGGCUGAUGAAAUCCUAAGACAGAGAGAUGAUUUGGAAAAAGAAAAAGAGGACAUGAUGAAGAAAUGGAACGAGCUGGAUGUUCUUCAGAAUGAAAUGCAAAAUCAAAACAAAGCAAUGGAUGAAAUCAAAUACGAGUUAGAUGCUAAAAUGAAUGAAAUGAAUAGAGAACAGCAAGGACUGGAUGAUAGUUUAAGAGCUAUUAGUGAAGAGAGGAGGAACAUGGAGGAGGAAGUAAAGAAUGAGAAAGAAACACUGAAGCACAUGGAAGUUAAUCUUCAUAAGGACAGAGAAGAAAUGGAGAGCAUCUUUGAAGAAACUCAAAAACAAAAAGAUUAUCUGGAAAAGAUGAGCACAGCCAUAAAAGAACAAAAGCAAGACCUGAAGAACCAAAUAGACCUUCUAGAACAAGAAAGAGAAGAAAUAAAUCAUAAAUGGACACAGUUACAAGAGAGGAUUGAUGAAUUUGAUGCUCAAGUCAGCAAACAAAAGGAAGAGGAUUUAACAAAAGAGAAGGAGAUGGAAGAAGAAAAGAUGGAGAGAGAAGAACUUGAUCAGAUAAAGAGUGAACUUGAAAAAGUGAGAUCUGAAAUAGAUCAUGAGCAGAAGAAACUAAAUGAUGACAAGAAGAUGAUUGAGCAAGAAAAAGAAGACCUGGAGAAGAUGAAGUCUGAAAUCAUGACACAAAGACAGAAAAUGGAAGAAGAGAGAUCAGAACUUGACAACAAGAUAGAACAGACAGAUCUAGAAAAACGUGACAUUGAGAACAGCAAAAAAAUAGUUCAGAAAUUAAUGGUUGAAGUGGAGGAAAAGAGAAAUAAUAUUCAACUUCUUAAAAAAGAACUUGACAUUGAAAGACAAAAACUUGCAGGUGAACAAGAUCUUCUGAUUCAAAACAAGGUUGAACUGCAAAAUGUAAAUGAACGAAUCAAAGAAAUGAAUGAGGAAAUAAAGAAAGAGAGAGAAACAUUGAAGGAAAAGGAAGUUCAUCUACAAAAGGAGAAAGAAGAAAUGAAGAGCAUCACUGAAGAAACACAAAUACAAAAAGAAGAUCUGGAAAAGAUGAGAACAGCCAUAAAAGAACAAAACCAAGACCUGAUGAGCCAAAGAGACCUUCUAGAACAAGAAAGAGAAGAAAUAAAUCAAAAAUGGACACAGUUACAAAAGAAGAUUAAUGAAUUUGAUGCUCGUGUCAGCAAACAAAAGGAAGAAGAUUUAACAAAACAGAAGGAGAUGGAAGAAGAAAGAAAAGGUCUAGAAGAGACCAAAGCCAAAAUCAUCGAGAUGAAGACUAAAGCUGAGCUGGAAAAGAUCAAGAAAGAAAAAAAGAAAGAAGAGGAAGAAGAAAUGAGUGUAAAAGUAAGGAUGGGGAGAGAAGAACUUGAUCAGAUAAAGAGUGAACUUGAAAGAGUGAGAUCUGAAAUAGAUGAUGAGCAGAAGAAACGAAAUGAUGACAAGAAGAUGAUAGAGCAGGAAAAUGAAGACCUGGAGAAGAUGAAGUUUGAAAUCAUGACACAAAGACAGAAAAUGGAAGAAGAGAGAUCAGAACUUGGCAACAAGAUAAAACAGACAGAUCUACAAAAACGUGACAUUGAGAACAGCAAAGAAAUAAUAGAAAAAUUAAUGGUUGAAGUGGAGGAACAGAGGCUUGAUAUUCAACACCAGAAGGAAGAACUUGACAUUGAAAGACAAAAAAUUGCAGAUGAACAAGAUCUUCUCAUUCAAAAUAAGAGUGAGCUGCAAAAUGAAAAUGAACAGAUAAGAAACAUGGAUGAGGAAAUAAAGAAAGAGAGAGAAACACUGAAGGAAAUGAAAGCUCAUCUAGAAAAGGACAAAGAAGAAAUGAAGAGCAUCACUGAAGAAACACAAAGACGAAAAGAAGAUCUGGAGAAGUUGAGAACAGACAUAAAAGAACAAAACCAAGACCUGAUAAACCAAAGAGACCUUCUAGAACAAGAAAGAGAAGAAAUAAAUCAUAAAUGGUCACAGUUACAAGAAAGGAUUGAUGAAUUUGAUGUUCAUGUCAGCAAACAAAAGGAAGAAGAUUUAACAAAAGAGAAGGAGAUGGAAGAAGAAAGAAAAGGUCUAGAAGAAAUCAAAGCCAAAAUCAUCGAGUUAAAGACUAAAGCUGAGCUGGAAGAGAUCAUGAAAGAAAAAGAAAAAGACGAGGAAGAAGAAUUUAGAGUAAAAGCAGAGAUGGAGAGAGAAGAACUGGAUCAGAUAAAAAGCGAAUUUGAAAAAGUUAAAUCUGAAAUAGAUAAUGAGCAGAAGAAACUAAUUGAUGACAGGAAAAUUAUUGAGCAGGAAAAAGAAGACCUGGAGAAGAUGAAGUCUGAAAUAAUGACACAAAGACAGCAAAUGGAAGAAGAGAGAUCAGAACUUGACAACAAGAUAAAGCAGAUAGAUCUACAAAAAUGUGACAUUGAGAACAGCAAAGAAAUAGUUCAGAAAUUAAUGGUUGAGGUGGAAGAACAGAGAAAAGAUAUUCAACUCCAGAAUGAAGAACUUGACAUUGAAAGACAAAAAAUUGCAGAUGAAAAAGAUCUUCUGAUUCAAAACAAGACUGAACUGCAAAAUGAACAAAUCAAAGAAAUGGAUGAGGAAAUAAAGAAAGAGAGAGAAACACUGAAGCAAAUGAAAGCUCAUCUAGAAAAGGACAAAGAAGAAAUGAAGAGCAUCUCUGAAGAAACACAAAGACGAAAAGAAGAUCUGGAGAAGUUGAGAACAGCCAUAAAUGAACAAAAGCAAGACCUGAAGAACCAAAGAGACCUUCUAGAACAAGAAAAAGAAGAAAUAAAUCAUAAAUGGACACAGUUACAAGAGAGGAUUAAUGAAUUUGAUGCCCAAGUCAGCAAACAAAAGAAAGAGGAUUUAACAAAAGAGAAGGAGAUGGAAGAAGAAAGAAAAAGUCUAGAAGAGACCAAAGCCAAAAUCAUCGAGAUGAAGACUAAAGCUGAACAGGAAGAGAUCAUGAAAGAAAAAGAGAAAGAAGAAGAAGUCAUGGCAGUAAAACUAAAGAUGGAGAGAGAAGAACUUGAUCAGAUAAAGAGUGAACUUGAAAGAGUGAGAUCUGAAAUAGCUCAUGAGCAGAAGAAACUAAAUGAUGACAAGAAGAUGAUUGAGCAAGAAAAAGAAGACCUGGAGAAGAUGAAGUUUGAAAUCAUGACACAAAGACAGAAAAUGGAAGAAGAGAGAUCAGAACUUGACAGCAAGAUAAAACAGACAGACUUCGAAAAAUGUGAUAUUAAAAACAGCAAAGAAAUAGUUGAAAAAUUAAUGGUUGAAGUGGAGGAACAGAGGCUUGAUAUUCAACACCAGAAGGAAGAACUUGACAUUGAAAGACAAAAAAUUGCAGAUGAACAAGAUCUUCUCAUUCAAAAUAAGAGUGAGCAGCAAAAUGAAAAUGAACGGAUAAGAAACAUGGAUGAGGAAAUAAAGAAAGAGAGAGAAACACUGAAGGAAAUGAAAGCUCAUCUAGAAAAGGACAAAGAAGAAAUGAAGAGCAUCACUGAAGAAACACAAAGACGAAAAGAAGAUCUGGAGAAGUUGAGAACAGACAUAAAAGAACAAAAUCAAGACCUGAUAAACCAAAGAGACCUUCUAGAACAAGAAAGAGAAGAAAUAAAUCAAAAAUGGUCACAGUUACAAGAAAGGAUUGAUGAAUUUGAUGCUCGUGUCAGCAAACAAAAGGAAGAAGAUUUAACAAAAGAGAAGGAGAUGGAAGAAGAAAGAAAAGGUCUAGAAGAGAUCAAAGCCAAAAUCAUCGAGUUAAAGACUAAAGCUGAGCAGGAAGAGAUCAUGAAAGAAAAAGAAAAAGAAGAGGAAGAAGAAUUUAGAGUAAAAGCAGAGAUGGAGAGAGAAGAACUGGAUCAGAUAAAAAGCGAAUUUGAAAAAGUUAGAUCUGAAAUAGAUAAUGAGCAGAAGAAACUAAUUGAUGACAGGAAAAUUAUUGAGCAGGAAAAAGAAGACCUGGAGAAGAUGAAGUCUGAAAUAAUGACACAAAGACAGCAAAUGGAAGAAGAGAGAUCAGAACUUGACAACAAGAUAAAGCAGAUAGAUCUACAAAAAUGUGACAUUGAGAACAGCAAAGAAAUAGUUCAGAAAUUAAUGCUUGAGGUGGAAGAACAGAGAAAAGAUAUUCAACUCCAGAAUGAAGAACUUGACAUUGAAAGACAAAAAAUUGCAGAUGAAAAAGAUCUUCUGGUUCAAAACCAGACUGAACUGCAAAAUGAAAAUGCGCAAAUCAACGAAAUGAAUGAGGAAAUAAAGAAAGAGAGAGAAACACUGAAGGAAAUGGAAGUUCAUCUACAAAAGGAGAAAGAAGAAAUGAAUAGCAUCACUGAAGAAACACAAAGACGAAAAGAAGAUCUGGAGAAGAUGAGCACAGACAUAAAUGAACAAAAGCAAGACCUGAAGAACCAAAGAGACCUUCUAGAACAAGAAAAAGAAGAAAUAAAUCAUAAAUGGACACAGUUACAAGAAAGGAUUGAUGAAUUUGAUGUUCGUGUCAGCAAACAAAAGGAAGAAGAUUUAACGAAACAUAAGGAGAUGGAAGAAGAAAGAAAAAGUCUAGAAGAGACCAAAGCCAAAAUCAUCAAGAUGAAGACUAAACCUGAACUGGAAGAGAUCAUGAAAGAAAAAGAGAAAGAAGAAGUCAUGGCAGUAAAACUAAAGAUGGAGAGAGAAGAACUUGAUCAGAUAAAGAGUGAACUUGAAAAAGUGAGAUCUGAAAUAGAUCACGAGCAGAAGAAACUAAAUGAUGACAAGAAGAUGAUUGAGCAGGAAAAAGAAGACCUGGAGAAGAUGAAGUCUGAAAUCAUGAUACAAAGACAGAAAAUGGAAGAAGAGAGAUCAGAACUUGACAGCAAGAUAAAACAGACAGACUUCGAAAAAUGUGAUAUUGAGCACAGCAAAGAAAUAGUUGAAAAAUUAAUGGUUGAAGUGGAGGAACAGAGGCUUGAUAUUCAACACCAGAAGGAAGAACUUGACAUUGAAAGACAAAAAAUUGCAGAUGAACAAUAUCUUCUCAUUCAAAAUAAGAGUGAGCUGCAAAAUGAAAAUGAACAGAUAAGAAACAUGGAUGAGGAAAUAAAGAAAGAGAGAGAAACACUGAAGGAAAUGAAAGCUCAUCUAGAAAAGGACAAAGAAGAAAUGAAGAGCGUCACUGAAGAAACACAAAGACGAAAAGAAGAUCUGGAGAAGUUGAGAACAGACAUAAAAGAACAAAACCAAGACCUGAUGAACCAAAGAGACCUUCUAGAACAAGAAAAAGAAGAAAUAAAUCAUAAAUGGUCACAGUUACAAGAAAGGAUUGAUGAAUUUGAUGCUCGUGUCAGCAAACAAAAGGAAGAAGAUUUAACAAAAGAGAAGGAGAUGGAAGAAGAAAGAAAAGGUCUAGAAGAGAUCAAAGCCAAAAUCAUCGAGUUAAAGACUAAAGCUGAGCUGGAAGAGAUCAUGAAAGAAAAAGAAAAAGAAGAGGAAGAAGAAUUUAGAGUAAAAGCAGAGAUGGAGAGAGAAGAACUGGAUCAGAUAAAAAGCGAAUUUGAAAAAGUUAGAUCUGUAAUAGAUGAGCAGAAGAAACUAAUUGAUGACAGGAAAAUUAUUGAGCAGGAAAAAGAAGACCUGGAGAAGAUGAAGUCUGAAAUAAUGACACAAAGACAGCAAAUGGAAGAAGAGAGAUCAGAACUUGACAACAAGAUAAAGCAAAUAGAUCUACAAAAAUGUGACAUUGAGAACAGCAAAGAAAUAGUUCAGAAAUUAAUGGUUGAGGUGGAAGAACAGAGAAAAGAUAUUCAACUCCAGAAUGAAGAACUUGACAUUGAAAGACAAAAAAUUGCAGAUGAAAAAGAUCUUCUGGUUCAAAACAAGGCUGAAUUGCAAAAUGAAAUUGAACAAGUCAAAGAAAUGAAUGAGGAAAUAAAGAAAAAGAGAGAAACACUAGAGGAAAUGGAAGUUCAUCUACAAAAGGAGAAAGAAGAAAUGAAGAGCACCACUGAAGAAACACAAAGACGAAAAGAAGAUCUGGAGAAGAUGAGCACAGACAUAAAUGAACAAAAUCAAGACCUGAUGAACCAAAGAGACCUUCUAGAACAAGAAAAAAUAAAUCAUAAAUGGACACAGUUACAAGAGAGGAUUGAUGAAUUUGAUGCCCAAGUCAGCAAACAAAAGGAAGAAGAUUUAACGAAACAGAAGGAGAUGGAAGAAGAAAGAAAAAGUCUAGAAGAGAUCAAAGCCAAAAUCAUCGAGAUGAAGACUAAACCUGAACUGGAAGAGAUCAUGAAAGAAAAAGAGAAAGAAGAAGAAGUCAUGGCAGUAAAACUAAAGAUGGAGAGAGAAGAACUUGAUCAGAUAAAGAGUGAACUUGAAAGAGUGAGAUCUGAAAUAGAUCAUGAGCGGAAGAAACUAAAUGAUGACAAGAAGAUGAUUGAGCAGGAAAAAGAAGACCUGGAGAAGACGAAGUCUGAAAUCAUGAUACAAAGACAGAAAAUGGAAGAAGAGAGAUCAGAACUUGACAGCAAGAUAAAACAGACAGACUUCGAAAUAUGUGAUAUUGAGAACAGCAAAGAAAUAGUUGAAAAAUUAAUGGUUGAAGUGGAGGAACAGAGGCUUGAUAUUCAACACCAGAAGGAAGAACUUGACAUUGAAAGACAAAAAAUUGCAGAUGAACAAGAUCUUCUCAUUCAAAAUAAGACAAACAAAAGGAAGAAGAUUUAA